GGCGAACAAAAACGAAAAACACGACAAACGAAACAAUAAUAUAAAAAAUAGGAAAAAUAAAAACAAGAGAGAGAGAGAACUGAAGCAAGAAGUCGACGAGCAAAUAGAAAUAUUCGGACAAAGAGUUGAACAGUCUUAUAAGAAGUGAAGAGACAAAGUUUGUCUUUCGACGCAUUGUGGUCUCUCUGUUGGAGUCUUUGUCAAGCAUGACGAACGGUGACAACGUGUCAAUAGUGACACUGGAUCCAGUUUCUGAUGGAAUUUCAACGAAUCAUAGAGUCAUCCUCCAUCCAGAAGCUUUGGAGCAGGAAGAACCUCCGAUAGAGGCUCCAAGUCCUCCUCCAUUGCCUCCGCCAAUUCAGAAAUCUGCAAUCGUUGCGCUGGAUCCAACGCACAUUCUUCAGAACGAAGAAUCAAAGUCAAAAAAGGAGCAGAAAAAGGAGAAAAUGUAUGAUUCACCGAGGUAUCAGACAACUACAACAGUUGUAGAAACGACGGAAUAUAUUGGGAAUGAUGGGCCUGCUGUUAGGAUCGAGUUCCCUCGCCUCGACUGUGAAUACAUCAGAACAUUGGGUGGAAUCAUGAAGAUCGUCUGCAUUGUUUUAUGUCUUCUCACCUUCAUUUUUGUCAUGAUGGGACCUGCUUAUUAUACAGGCGUCGGCUGGGCUACAUUUGUGUCAUCAGUUGGAAUCUUUGUGACCACCUCUCUUCUUACUCUUUACCUUUUCCGAGUUGUGGAUACUCUUCCUUCCAUCAACUGGAUUGUUUGUGAAAUGGUGUACUGCUUCGCAUGGACUGUUUUCUUCUUUAUCGCCGCCUGUGUUCUUGCCGUCGCUUCUUCUCAAUUCCGCGGUACAUUUGCUUGGGCUAUUGCUGCGUUUUUCGCGUUCGGAGCCAUGUGUGCCUACGGAUUCGAUUGUUAUCUUAAGUUCCUCUCAUGGAAAAACAAUGAACGUGCGACAGGCGGAUCCAAUCCAGUCGUCAUUCAACAACAACAGAGGCGCAACAAUUUUGUUUGAAUUUUCCACUCUUUUGUAUUGCAACACAUUCCAUCCGUUUUUUGAACAAUAAAUAUAAUUUUGGAAAA